AUGCUUCGAGAGUUCAUCACCUCGCUGCUGCUCCUCGUGAGCUGCGGAAACGCCGCCCUUCACUCACGGCACAACGACACAUCAUCGUGCUCAGCACGAACACUGCAUCUUAGUGAUCCGCCCUAUCAGGAUUACUUUUACUCAGAUUGCCACGUCGACGCACAAGCUGUCGUCACCAGUCCCCUCCCCAACAGCAAUCUUUCCAUCAUAGGCCCUCGAUUUAUCGUCGCCUGGCCUGCUGGCAACAGUGGCAUCUGCACCUUUUUCCAACCGCAGAGCGGCAUAAACGGUAGUCUUGCCAUUGAGCUUGUCAACUCCACGUUAGGGAGCCCUCUAGGCCCUGUCUACCACAAGACAAACCAAUCAGCUCCCCCUAUUGUGGGUGUCGAGGGCGUUCUCUCAUUCAAUGACUCGGCUGAGCUGCCAAUUGCUAUUCUUGGUAGCGUCAGGAACAUCCGUGAUUUCACAGAAGGCCCAAGUCUGCUCAGCUCUGUGAUACAAGCCGGCAUCAAAGUCACCAAAUAUCAGCAUAACGGUGCGAAAAUCACUCGAAGGUGGCUAGACAACGUCACUACCACUACGUUUACGCUUGUUCCCUGGAAAAACAGCGACAGCCACGUUCGAAUCCACAACAAAACGCUGCGGUUUGGUUCCGGCUUCUACCACUUCACUGCCUCCUUCAACUAUCCUCAGCUCAAGCAGUUGACCCCGAGCCAGAUAUUGAACAACCAGUCCCAGGCACUUGUCAAACAACAGCCGGGGACUGUUUCAUCCCUAUCAUUCUUCUCAUACACAGAGAAGCUUCUUGCAGGAGGAUGGAGGUUUCUCACAUACUUUGGUCGUGACAGCAUGAUCUCAGCACUCCUACUCCAGCCGAUUCUCAGCACCGGCAACGGUUCUGCCAUCGAGGCAGUCAUAGGAGCAGCGCUUGAACGUGUCAAUCGAACGGACGGCUCUGUCUGCCACGAGGAGACUAUUGGUGACUACGCGACAUUUGUCAAUCUGCAAAACAAUAUCACAUCUACAGCCGCCGGCUUCACGUACCCAAUGAUUGACACAGACUACUAUCUCCCCAUUCUCAUGGCACGAUACUUUGGCUCUUCUCCUGAUCGAAUCAGCCCAAUGCUCAGCACAAGGGCCGGAACCAUUGAUGUCAGUAAUGCCAAUCUGACUUGGGGUGAUCUGAGCUACACCACUGCCAGCAAGAUCUUGAACCUCACUGCAGCAUUCGAGCACAACCAAACAGUGGAGAAUCUCAUCGCUCUCAAGCCAGACCAGAUCGUAGGUCAGUGGCGCGAUUCCACAUAUGGUCUCGCCAACGGCCGCAUUCCGUUCGACGUCAACUGUGCUCUAGCACCGGCUGCCCUGUAUGCAAUCUCCAGCUUGGCAGCCAUCCCCGGCGUCUAUCCCAACAUCUCCAUCACCAGAGACUGGGCGACGGUGGCGGCGCGGAGGGCCAAAGUAUGGGAAGACAAGACGCUGCAGUUCUUCCAGCACAAUAUGACUACGCAGACCGCCGAGACAAGGCUGAAGCAGUACACCAGCAAGAGCACAUUCUACAAGGGCCCUACCAAUGGCGAUUCGGUGUCGAACUAUUCCACCAAUGGCACCGUGAUUGACUACGGCUUGGCCAUCAACAGCACCGCCACGCCAGAGAUCAUUCCAAUUUCACAUACGGAUACGGCCUUUCGUCAUUAUCUCCUCAACACGACAGACGAAGAGCAACUGACAACAUUCAUCAACGCCUCUGCGAAUGCCAUCUUGCGUCCGUUCCCGGCUGGCCUGAGUACUCCGGUAGGCGUCGUCGUUGCAAACCCCGCCUUGUCCAACAACGAGGUGCUCAUUGCCAACUUCACAAACUCUGCCUACCACGGCACAGUCGUGUGGAGCUGGCAGCUGGCGUUGAUGGCCAAGGGGUUCGAAAGGCAGCUUGAGCGGUGCCAAGGCGUGAAUGCGACGGAUAUCCCGUUGUCCGUGACGAAUGCCGCCACAAUCCCCCAAUUCUGCAGCGACAAGGGCGUAUUUGGCGCACUGAAGAAGGCCUACAACAAGCUGUGGGAUAUCAUUGACGACAACGAGGAGCAGCUCGAAUCCGAGGUAUGGAGUUGGACGUAUAAUGAUGGAUCAACACGCGGUUUCGAGUUCUCUCCUCUGGGAGUUCUUCCUCCUCCGCCCGGAGUGGGAGGCGGAACAGAGAGCGACGUCCGACAGCUCUGGAGUCUGACGUUUCUUGCUGUGAAGAGGAACAAGAGUUUUGAGUGA